AUGAAAAACAAAGAAAAGAAGAAGAAAGGCCCGAAAAAAGAUCCAGACGAGAAGUUUCGCAAGGUAAGCAACAAUUUUGAUUAGUUCCUUGCAAAUUUAGACGUGUAAUUUCCGGAAAACACCGGAUUCUUCAAACAAAACUAAUGUGCAAAAAAGAUUGAUUGAAUUUGCACUGAAAAAGUCUAAAUUCCCUUAGGGGAUUAUGUUGAAUUUACUCAGUUUUGUGUGCUCUAGCUGAUAGAAGCAGUUAUAUCUGUCAAAACCUUCAUAUUUUGCAGAAAUAAGACAUCAAAGUUAUGUUACACUUGACCUGAAAGGUCGUCGAAAAACAGCUAAUUCGAAGUUGAAAUACGCUAAAUUCAACUAAAUUUUCGCUUCAUUCUAACCAGAAUGAGUCGAAGAAGCUCGUAAGCUGCUUUUUACACUAAAAACUGAACAUUUUUCGAUAGAAAAUAGGACUUUACCUGACGUUACAUUUGAUCUAGAUGGUGGCAGAGAAAUAGGUACUGUGAUGUUUAAAUCUAAUAAUUCUGGUUGAGUUUUCACUUGAAAAUACUCGCCGAGAUACAUACAACCUUCUGAGACGUAUUUUACCCGAAACAACUGCAAAUUUGAGGACAAUAAGAGGUUUUCUUGACCUUACACUUGAUCUAGAUAGUGUCUCCAAGAAAUCAAUUUUUUGACCUCAAAAUGGCAAUAAAUUUCGACCACUUUCCUGUCCAAGCGCUCCGAAUGAGCACGGUAAAACAAAAUUUCGUUUUACCGACGAUUUUGAUUACAAAAACGCCGUCAUUAUGACACAUUUUUUGGAGGGUUUGUCCUAAAAUCCUGUCACUUGCCAAAAAUCUGUUUUCUCGCCGACCUUUUGAGGAGUGGUCGAGCACACUCUCCCAGAGGUUGUGUCUAAUCUAUUCACGCUGAAAAUGGUUCAAAGAUGCCCUUUGCAGCGACGUGACUCCCUUUCGGACGCGCCAGUUACCUCUUCCGGUGGAUCCGAGCAAUCCUCCGCCGACGGUCAGAAUUUGGAAUCAGUUGAGGACGAGGGCUGGGGUGUCGAGCUUCCAACUGUCUCCGGAAUCGUCCAGAGUCUGCCUACUCUGUCGUAAGUUUAUUCUGUUUUUUGUUGUUGAAUUCUUAGAUCGCAUGUCAAGUGUAAUAUCAGAGGCGAGGUAAUCGGACUGAUAAUGAGCGUGAAGUUCUCUAUUGAGACCGAUGCGAUCCAUCAAUCGAAGUUUACGCCUGAAAUCUAGCUUUUAAUCGCAUAAGCUCCAAAUUUUAUUGGUGUUUAUUGUACAGCACAAAAAUUGGUUUUCGUAGAUUCGUUAUGUAAAAUGUCUAAUUCUUUUGCGAUUUUUAGCUAGCCCAGGUAAUUCUACGGGUUUGAAUACGAAAUUCCAAUUAGAACGAUUAGAAUUUGCGACUAGCUCGCCUGUUUUUUCUUUCUCACCUAGUACAAUAUCCCAGAGAUUCCAUUAACCAAAGUUUAGGAAUUAAAUUGGCUAGUACAGCUUGCAUGGAGCGUGUUAACUAUGAAUUAAAGCUGAGGGUGUCGUUUUACAUGUCAAUAUCUAUGAAACAACAGUUUUUUCAGCAGUCGUUAUGUAUGAUUUAAAUUGCCAUAUUUUUAGAGACGAACGGCGUUUGGCUUAUAACACAUUGUUGAAUGACGAAAUCACAGCCUUGCAGAAUAUGAAUUCAUUCUUGGUGAGUUGGUUUUUAUUAUUUUUUCUUCUGAUUUUAGGUGAAGUCAUGGAUAAUAUCUAAAGUUUCUUCACAUGCAGGUUCACGUUUAAAAUCUUUCAGGCCGACCAUGACGCCAACGUUUUCUGGUCCAAUAUGAUCGGUGGCCUGUUGCUUAACGGAGAUUACAUCCGUUUCGUCAGCCUCUGUCGUUGCCUGAUGAUGCCGUUGAGGAGCGCGCGACCCGACUUGUACAACGACAAGAAUGAGCGCCAGAUGAUGGAAUAUAUUAUUCCGAGGAUCGCGAACUUGACAUACGAUUCGGAUCUGAAACGCUCGGCCUUUUCCAUGUUAACCAUGAGCAAGGUUCCGUGUCAAGCGAGAGAUCAUGGAUUCUGCAAGUGAGUAUUGGUUGGUUUGUCCUGAAAAUAUCAUUAUUAGGGAGUUUACUGUCUUCUUUUCAGAUUGACCGCUCUUAUCGGCGAUUAUUGCGAUCCCAAGAGCCUCCAAAAUCUUCUCUAUCUCAGAGAUCAUGAGGAAAAUCGAACUGCUUUGUACAUGGCCGCCAAGAACAGACAGCCCUGCUUGGUCCACACUCUACUCGAAUUGGGCGCUGAUCCCAAUGCCAGAAGCAGCAGAGGCCGAACCCCGGCAUAUGAAGCACUCAAAAGUGAUAAUUAUCAAGUGGUACGGAAGUUGAAAAAUUUUUUUUUAUUUUCUGAAAUUUUUAGAGAAAUUGAAGAAAAAUGGAUAGCAGGAGGCUAGAUCAUGCCUGUUUAUGGGAUCUUGUUGUGAUUUUAGAGCUCAAAUUAUACCUGGGAUGAAAAUUUUGCACUUUUUUGGAGGUCGAUUUUUUUCAUUUUUUAAAAAUUUUUUAUGGAAAAAAUCAUGGAUAAUAUAGUCUAAUAAGCUUAUUUUCAAAAAAAAAAAAAAAAAAAGAUUUCGGAAAAAUUGAAUGUUAAAAAUCUCAACAGAAUUAUUUUCUUAAUUAUUGUUGAUAUUUCCGUUGAGAUUUUUAAUUUUGAAAUUUUUCCGAAAAAUAUUUUUUUUUCGAAAAUAAGAUUAUUAGACUAUGUUAUCCAUGAUUUUUCCAUAAAAAAAUUUUAAAAAAUGAAAAAAAUCAACCUCCAAAAAAGUGCAAAAUUUUCAUCCCAAUUAUAAUUUGACCUCUAGAAUCACAACAAGACCCCAUAAACAGGCAUGAUCCAGCCUCCUGCUACCUAUUUUUCUUCAACUUUGUCUAAAAAAUCUCAGAAAUCAAAAAAAAUUUUACGCUAAAAAUUGUUCAAAUUCAGCUGAACGAGCUCUCCAUCUACGGCGCUGACCUCAACCGCACAUCCUACAACCCCGAGGACUUUGGGUUUUUCGAGCCCAAGAUCAGUUUUGACAUCCCCUACGUCAAGACCUGGCAUUCCCGCCGCAUCGAAACGCUGGAAAAAAAGUUCCGCGAAUACGUCUCCCAAGCCACCCACGACUCGAUCACACUGAAGCCCGGAAGUCAGAUCUCCUCACUUCAUGUGUUCCCCUUGACCAGAAACCAGGAGCACGCGUUCAUCGAUGACGCCAAAACUCAGACCCUGAGAAGUAUCGACUUGGAGAUGAAAAAAUUGCAAGGAAUGAAAAAUCCGGUGAGAAUUGGGGGGGGCUUUAAGGGGUUUUUGGACGGUUUUGGAGGGUUUGUGGUGGUUUAGAGGGGGUUGAGAAGUCCCUGGGUGGUUUUGGAGGUAUUUUAAGACGUUUUGAAGUUUGGAUACCUUUUGAGGUUUUUUGGAUACCUUUUGAGGUUUUUGGGUAACUUUGGGGAUUUCGAUUUUUUUGUUAAUUUAGGGGGUUUUGAAAGUCUGUGGGUGGUUUUAUGAGGUAUUUUAAGAGUUUUGAAGUCUGGAUACUUUUUGAGGUUUUUGGAUGCCUUUUGAGGUUUUUGGAUAACUUUUGGGAAUUUUGAAUUUUUUCUUGAUUUAGAGGGUUUUGAAGCCUUCUGGGUGGCUUUAUGAGGCAUUUAUGCGGUUUGGAGGUGGGAUCACUUUUGAGAAUUUUGAACUUUUUGCUGGUUUAGGGGAGGUUGGAGAUCUCUGGGUGGGUUUUUGAGGUAUUUUAUGCGGUUCGGAGAUGGAUCACUUUUGAGGUUUUUGGAUCACUUUUGAAGUUUCUUGAUGGUUUAAAGGGGUGUGAAAGUUUCUAAGCGGUUUUGGCGGUAUUCUAAGACGUUUUGAAGUUUGGAUACCUUUUGAGGGUUUUGGAUCCCUUUUGAGGUUUUUGGAUCCCUUUUGAGGUUUUUGAUUUUUUUGUGGAUUAGAGGGUUUAGAAAGACUCUGGGUGGUUUUUAUGAUGUAUUUUGUGGGGUUUGAAGUUUGGAUACCUUUUGAAGUUUUUUGAAUUUUUUGUUGAUACGAAGGAUUUUGAUGAUUUUUGGGCAUUUUUAGAAUAUUUAGUUUACUUUUGAAGCUCUGAAAUGUUUUGUUUUUACUAAUUCUCCCGGUUUCAGGUCCUAAUCUUCAUCCCCUUCUCCUACCCACAUCAAAUCUUGGAUGGCGCUGCGGACAGCAUUGUAACCCAGCGAAUUGCAUUGCUCAAUAGCAAAAACAAAGUUCUGGAAGUGAUUUAUUCCAAUCCAAUGUGAGUUUUGGCCUUUUUGGACCUUGGUUUUGGUCGAUUUUCCGUAAAAAAUGGUCGUAUUUUAGCUUAUCCACCGAAACGGGUAUUUGCGAUUUGCCGUCGGCGGUGGACGGCCCAAUGCACAAUGGUCAUAUCUACGUCUUUCAAUUACCUCAAACUUUGAUUCGGCAUGAAGAGGAAUUAAAAACAAGUGAGUUGGCGAGUUUGAGAUUUUUUUGAAAUUUUUUGAAAAAAAAAAUUUUUUGAUUUUUAAAAUGAAAAUUGGUUUCCUAGGACUUAGAACGUGUAUGUUUUUGUUUUUGGAUUGUUUACCGAUUUUUUAACACAAUUUUGGUGCUUUUUUAUGUUAUACUUGGUAUAAUUUUUGGAAAUUUUCAAAAAUUUUUUCGAGAAAAAUUAAGUUUUCAGACUGAAAAUGGGCUGUGCCACUGUUUAGAGCAUAUCAUUUUUGAUUUAGAAUUAUUUCAGCGUUUUUUUUUUUUGUGAUUUUUGGACAUUUUUUUUUUGAUAUUAUACUUGAUAUUUGAAUAUUUUUUUUGAUUUUUUCUCCGAAAAAUCGAUUAAAUAGCCGAUUUUUGACCUAUGAUUUUAGUAUAGAUUUAUUUGAGAUUUUUUUUUCUUGGAAUUUUUGAGUUUUUUUAUAUUGUACAUGAUGUCAGACCCCAUUUUUGAAACGUUUUUUUUCAGACCCACGAUUCUUUGUCAACCUCAUCCUUGAACUCCAAGGCCUCACCAAGCCAGAACUCCGUUAUAUCCACUUCAUGAUGCAGGCCUACGAUCUGAAUCCAGAUGCUCUCGACACCAAAAAGAAUGUGUAA